AUGUCUCUUGUUUUCUAUAUACGUGCCUGUAUGUCGUUGCUGCCUGAGAAAGUUGAAAAUAUAAAUGCAACUGAAGAAGAAAUGACUCGCACAGGACGACGACCGCGGUCGCAGAACCCAAUGCUUGAAUACAGGCAUAUUUAUCCAGAAUUUUUACCUGAUCCUAACCCGAAUUGGCGUAAUAGUUUGAGAGAAAAACUUGAAAGAGCCGAUAUGCUUGAGAGAAGGAAGCAAAUUGAUAUACCAGAAUUCUAUGUUGGUUCUAUAUUAGCAGUAACCAUAUCAGAUCCACAUGCACAGGGGAAAACAAACCGAUUUGUAGGAAUAUGCAUUGAACGUAAAGGUUGUGGUUUAAGGGCAGAGUUUACAUUGAGAAAUGUUGUGGAUCAUCAAGGUGUUGAGGUAUGUUAUGAAUUGUAUGACCCUACAAUACAGACAAUUCAAGUAUUACGUCUUGAGAAGAGACUGGAUGACAAGUUGUUUUAUCUUAGAGAUGCUCUCCCAGAAUACAGCACAUUUCCUAUUGAUAUGGAUCCUGAAAUUUUACCAGAAGGAACUACAGUACCAGUUAAUCCAGUUCAGGUAAAAUUAAAACCAAGACCAUGGCUGGAAAGAUGGGAAAGGCAGGAACUGAAAGGUGUAUCCAAUAUUGAAGAACACUUAAAAGAAAAAGAUAGAGUAAGAAGAGAAUUAAGAAAGACUCCGUGGGAAAAAUAUGACCUCAUGAAACAGUACCGAAAAACCGUACCGAUCGAAGACCAAAAUGAAAUAUGGGGCGAAGUUUACAAUCAAUUACAGCAAAUGAGAAUGUCUACAAAAAAAACUGCUCGGAAACGCGUAAUUACCGCACCCAAGUCCCAGCUUGGAUAA